GGCUGCUGGGGACGGAGUGAUGUAUGGAACGCAGAUAAAAUGUCAGCAGUUCUAAAUGGGUCCGGGGAUGCAGCCGUGGGGGGGCGCGCAGGGUCCUACCCCCUCCCCGCGCGCCCCGCGGCCGAAGCCCAAAUGAGGUUUUGAAGAGGAGCCGGCGGGCGGGGCGGCGGCCGGGCGGGGCGGCGGGCGCUGAUGUAUGGCGGUUUCAUAACUUCCUCGGUAUUAAAGGCGGGUUCACGCGGAGGGCAGCGCCAUCAAUCAGCGGCCUCAAUGGGCUGGGAUCCUCCGCGAGGCGCGGCUGCGCGGCCCGGCCGGCGCGGGGGCACCCAGGCCGCGCGGCGGGACGUGCGCGGUGGCCCUCCCGCACGGGUAACAAGCUGGAUUCAGACUGUGUAGCUGAGGAUGACUGUGACCUUGAGCCCCUGAUGCUCCUGUCUUCACCUCUCUAGCUGGACUGCAGGACCUGGGAACCAGUCCCCCCACCCCAGACGCUGUCUGUCUGAUGUGUGUGGUCAGGAUAGCUGGGCUGGACAGACCUCACACCACUUAGUCAGCGACCCGUGGCGCUCUUUCAGGGAGCUUUUCGGGGAUUUGGCAUUUCCGGCGGAAGCAGACGCUGUUAGCCACUCGCCUUAUUUAAAGACCGCUGACUACGACUCCCAGUGUCCCUCGCACCGGAACGAAGGAAGGAAGCGGAAGCUGCAUGGGGAGCUGGUGCAGGUGACCGUGUCAUGGCUGUGUCCCAGACAUUUCCACCAGGGCCUACCCAUGAGCCUGCAGGUGGCUUGAUGGAGCCUCUGCCUUGCACUCGAAGCUUGGCUGAUGGCUUCCUGGAGGAGGAGCUCCGGCUCAAUGCAGAGCUGAGCCAGCUGCAGUUUCCAGAGCCUGUGGGUGUCAUUUACAACCCAGUGGACUAUGCGUGGGAGCCACACCGGAACUAUGUCACUCGCUACUGCCAAGGCCCCAAGGAAGUGCUCUUCUUGGGCAUGAACCCAGGACCCUUUGGCAUGGCCCAGACCGGGGUUCCUUUUGGGGAAGUGAAUGUGGUCCGGGACUGGUUGGGCGUUGGGGGCCCCGUGCUGACCCCUCCCCAGGAGCACCCUAAGCGGCCAGUGUUGGGACUGGAGUGCCCACAGUCAGAGGUGAGCGGAGCCCGAUUCUGGGGCUUCUUCCGGACCCUCUGUGGACAGCCCCAGGUCUUCUUCCGGCACUGCUUUGUCCACAACCUGUGUCCUCUGCUCUUCUUGGCUCCCAGCGGACGAAACGUUACCCCAGCAGAGCUACCGGCCAAGCAGCGGGAGCAGCUCCUGGCAGUCUGCGAGGCGGCCCUCUCUCGGCAGGUGCAGCUGCUAGGCGUGCGGCUGGUAGUGGGCGUGGGCCGGCUGGCCGAGCAGCGGGCGCGGAGAGCCCUGGCAGGGCUGGCCCCAGAGGUGCAGGUGGAGGGGCUCCUGCACCCCUCCCCUCGGAGCGCACAGGCCAACAAGGGUUGGGAGGCAGCAGCCAGGGAAAAACUCCAAGAGUUGGGGCUGCUGCCUCUGCUAACGGAUGAACGCCAGGGCCAAGCCUAGCCGUAGUGUAGACCCCAGUCAGUCUGGCACAGCAGAUGGCUGCACACAGGGUUUGCUAGCCCCGAUGCAGGGCUCUCAGCCUCUGGACUGUCCUCUAAUGGCCAGGCAGACUGAUCCCUGGGUGGGCAGCUCUCCUGCUGUCUUCCUCCUUCCGAAGUGCCUCCGCAGAGGGUGGGCCUGUGUGCUCCCCUGCUGUGUCAUUUCUUGGGAGCCUCUGUGUUCGGGUCCUAGGUAGGGCUGUCUGAGGUCAUAUUUGCAGUUUUGGAGGAAAGAUCAUUUAAUUUUAAUCUUUCCAUUUUUUGGGCAUUGUUUUUGGCACUGCUCUCUAACACUGAUCUACCUCAGCCUUUUUUACACUAAUUGUACAUAUUAGUGGGGUUCAGCAUGACGUUUUCACACACGUAGUGUUCGCUGAUCCACACUUCCCUCCCCCAGCCAGAGAGCACUCUUUCCAGGGUCCCUCCUCGCCCUGACAGAACACCUCAUCUGGCAGAAUCCUGUCCUCUCAGGGACCAGAACAGACAUCAUGCUGAGAAUGAACUCCUUAGCUAGGUGUCCUGCAUGUCCUUGUAAUCUGAGCACUAAGAGGCAGGAGGAUGAGGAGUUCAAGGCCAUCUUUAGCUACACAUUGAGGCUAGCCUGGAAUACAUUAUGCUCUGUCUCAAAAAUAAGUAAGUAAAUAAGUAAUAAAAAGAUCCGAAGCUGGAUCUCAGGAGACUUCUCUGUGGUAGACUAGGAAAGAUCUAGAUUUUCAUCCUUUGUGGUUUUUUUUUUUUUAAUCCUAUAAGGCCUAUGAGUUUUUAAUUUAUUUUAUUUUAUUUUAUUUUAUUUUAUUUUAUUUUAUUUUAUUGUUUUUUAAUAGGGUUUCUCUGUAUAGCCGUCAUUGUCCUGGAACUCACUCUGCAGACCAGGUUGGCCUCAAACUCAGAACUUUUGUGUAUAACACCUCACUCUAUUUUGUUUUUGUUAUUGUUUUUAAAUUUUGAAAUAAGGUCUCAUUGUGUUGGCCUGGAACUCAUCGUGUAGACAGGAUCUACUUUGAGCUCUGCCUGCUGAGUGCUGGGAUCAGAAGUGCACCUGGGCUGGCCUGCUUAUGAACGCCCUCUCUAAGCCUCAAGACCCUCUGUAAAGGGUGGGGGUGCUGCCUCCAGGCUCUGUGUGAGGUGGGGGUUGCUUGAGGCGGCUUUGCAGAGUGCUUUGCAAAUGGCUGGCGCCUGGUGCUUACUGCACACUCUUUCCGCUUGCCUCUCUCUGAGCUGGGCCAUCAGUGCACUACGUGGGAAUCCUCCACCUGCUUUGAAGACCUUUGCUUAUAACCCUGAUGGGGAGGACCAAUGUAUGAAAAACUCAGUUUGUGACUUUUCAGACAAAGCAUUAAACACUCCCAAGCCUUCUUGUGUUGGCUCCUCCUCUGUCCUUCAUCAGAGGGGAGAUGCUGCUUUUAGGAUACUUUCUCCCUUCUCUUCCCUAUUCACAGUUUGCAAAAACUUCUCUCAGUAGCUUGGGGAGGGGUAUGUGAGGCCUCUCAUUGCCCUCGCCAAGCUGCAGGGCUUCUGGAGGGACCUGUCCUGAGGGUCAUCAGGUACUUGGGCACCGCUGGGACCAAUGGGGAGGCUGCUGUGGCGUGGGCUCUUGAAUGGCCGGUUGGGUGAUCUGAACCACAGUGAGAGCAGGUCUCAGGACCCCUUAAUGAGAGCAUGUGGUCUCCUGGGACACAGGUCAUCUCCAGCAUUCUAAACAGUAGUAAGAUUUUCAUCAGCCAUCUUCUCCUAAGUGGGAGACUAAAUCUUUGAGGUUUCCUUGCGAUAGAAGUGUCAUUAUUAUUCAGAGCAUACCAGAAUUUGUUGAGAUUUGACUCAAGGAUGGAGGUAAACCCUUCAGAAAGGCCAGCCAUAUGCUUUGAGGCCAAGAUGGGAUAAGAAUAGAGACUGAGCUCAGCCGUGUGGCCCAUGAACUCAACGAAUUAUACCUACACAGUGACCCUGGCCAGAGCUUCUGCCAAGCAUACCAGUUGGUGAAUCUAUGCAUCUAUUCUCUUUUUAGGCAAAUGGCACUGGGUUGUAUAUUCAUUCUUUGGUUCAUUGAUCCAUUCAUUGAUUCAUUCAUUCAUAUGCUCUGUGAGUCAUUUUGGAGUUCCAGGGAUCGAGCCCAGGAUUUUGUGGAUGUGAAGUGUGUGCUGCUCUAUCACUGAGCUGCAUCCCUUGGUUUGUUUUUGUGAUAAAUUGUAAUAAAUAAACACUGUUUUCUCCCUGA